AUGGGCAUUAGUUUCGACGAAUCCAUAAAUUCGAAUGGCAGAAAAGCCCUAACAAGUUGUUUACCCUCAAGAGUUUCAGUUAUGCCCCAGUACGUUUUUCCCUGGGUGACAUACUUGAAGGAAUCAUCUUCUGGAAAUUUCAUCCAAUCUCCCGUCAUUUAUGGUCAAAGCCCUCCAAUGUGCGCUGCUCCUCCAAGAGCCUGUCUUAAAUCUCGUUACCGUACCCUUGAUGGCACCUGCAACAACUUGCAAAAUCCCGCAUGGGGAAGCGCCAACAUGCGUUACAACCGUUUAGUGGCUGCCAAAUAUGCUGAUGGCGUUGCUGCUCCAACUGUUUCUGUCACUGGCGAAGAAUUACCCAACGCUCGUGUUGUCAGUUUGGUCGUAUUCGGCGAACAAGAUGUCCCAGAUCCACAAUUUACUCUUGCUAACAUGCAAUGGGGUCAAAUUAUUACGCACGAUAUGAGUAUGCAAGCUGGUGGCACGCAAUCUCGCAAACAUCAGACACGUUGUUGCACGGACGAAGGAAAACUCAUUGGAAAACCACAAGCUCACAAAACUUGCUUCCCCAUCAUUACACCGAAAAAUGAUCCAGCAUUUGCUCAAGUUGGUACCGAAUGUCUUAACUUUGUCCGAACUCUUACCGAUUUGGAUAUGAAUUGCCCCACUGUCCACGGAACCGGACAAGCCGAACAAUUGACUGUCGUCACAGCUUUCAUGGAUUUGUCUUUGGUCUACGGCAACAGCGAUGCCCAACUCCGUAACAUUCGUGCCUUCGUUGGUGGACGUAUGAUCGUCGAAACCAGAAAUGGCUAUGACUGGCCACCACAAACCCCGAAUGUCACCACAGACUGCGAUGUUCAAUCUCCACAAGAAAUCUGCUAUUUGGGCGGCGAUGUUCGUUUCAAUCAAAAUCCUGGACUUACGAUCUUCCAAAUUAUGUUGUUGCGUGAACACAACCGUAUUGCUGAUACUUUGGCGAAACUCAAUCCUCACUGGGACGACGAAACAAUCUUCCAAGAAUCACGUCGCAUCAAUAUUGCGCAAGUCCAACACAUCAACUACUACGAGUGGCUCCCAUUGUUCUUGGGCACGGAAAAUAUGUUGAAAAAUCGCUUAAUUUACAAAACGCAUGCCGGAAGCUACGUCAACGAUUACGAUCCAAGUGUCGAUCCGUCAGUUUUGAAUUCACACGCUACCGCUGCUUUCCGUUACUUCCACAGUCAAAUUGAAGGUCGUCUCGAUCUCAUUUCCGAAGCGAGAUCUCGUGCUGGUUCCUUGCGUUUGAGUGAUUGGUUCAAUCGUCCCGCCAUUUUGGAAGCUGGAGACAACUAUGAUUUCCUCAGUCGUGGCAUGGGAACACAACCGGAAGAAUUGACCGACAUCAACUUCGAUCCCGAAAUCAAACAUUUCCUUUUCCGUCGCGGACGUCCAUUCGGUUCUGACUUGCGUUCCCUCGAUAUCCAGAGAAAUCGUGAUCAUGGCUUGGCUAGCUACAACGACUACAGAGAAUUCUGCGGAUUGUCACGUGCUCACACCUGGGAGGACUUCUUGGAUCUCAUUUCACCACGAGAUGUCACGAACCUUAAAUCCUUGUAUGCCAGUCCCGAAGAUGUGGAUUUGACCGUUGGCGCUUCACUCGAAUCGCACGUAGCUGGUGCCUUGGCUGGUCCAACAUUCUUGUGCAUCCUUACCGAGCAAUUCUACCGCACACGUGUCGGAGACAGAUUCUUCUAUGAACGCGGCGACAAACACCUCGCUUUUACUCGUCCACAAUUGCAGGAAAUUAGAAAGGCAAGCAUCGCACGUCUUAUGUGCGACAACGGUAACGACAUCCAUAUGAUGCAACCUCGUGCCUUCCUUCGUGUUGCCGAUAACAAUCAACUUGUGCCUUGUAGUUCCCUUCCAGCCAUUGACUUGUCAUUGUGGCAGGAUCAAGCAAUUCACGGUCAUCAUAUUGCUGCUGAUCACAAUAGUUUAUAUAGCUUCAAGAAAUAAAUAAUAAUUGACAUUGUUUAUUGAAAAGAAACACUUGUUCCAGCGCAUAAAGUAUUU